GGGUUGCUGCCAAUAGGCCCCCCCCGCUAGUGUGGGCCUGCUCUUUUGACGGAUCCCGGCUGCUACGCGCUGCAGCAUGGCGCCCAAUCCAGCUGUUCCAGCGGGGUGCGCUUGGCUCGUCCUGACUCUUGCGACAAUUGCGAUCGCGACGACGUCCAGGGGCCCAGCAGCCUCUCCUUCAGCUGCUUGCUCCAGCGCAACUCAAGCAUGCACCGUUGCGGAGCUAGAAUCGGUCUGCACUUCCCAAACUUGGGAGGAUGCUUCAACCCAAUUCAUCCCAGCGCAUGACAGCUCAUCGCGUGACCGCCGGGAACCACUCCGCAGUGGCCCUGCUACAGUGACCUGUCCACUUCCGACGAGCCGUAUCACUGCAUCGUCGAAUUGGCGGAGCUGCUGCACAAUUGGUUCGGCCCUCGACGUCAUUGGCCCGCUCUCUUGUACCGUUUUCGGCAGCGCCAACGGCGCCGGCAUCCAGUUUCUUGAUGGCCCCUGUGUUGGGUGGUACGAAGAUCUCAACAUCUCCUCGUUGCCCGAUCAAUGCAUCACUUAUCUUGCAAAACUGAAUCAACUUGAGCUCACCUUUCCUCCCCUCGUCGAUGCCGAUGUCUGGACCGUUCUUCCUUCACUCGUCAACAUUUCCUCACUCACCAUCAGCGGCGGGGUGGUGCAGCUGGAGACUGCCGGCUGGACAGGAUCGCAGAUUUCAACGCUUGACCUGAGCAACAACGCUCUUGGUGUCCUUCUUCCUAAUGCCUGGGACAUGCUCCCGAACUUGCGCACCAUGGAUUUGAGUGGCAACAACAUGUACGCCUUCAGCCCCACGAUGUUCCAAUCCUCGACCUUGUUACUCAACUUGGACCUGUCCAACAAUGCGCUUCAACGCCUUCCACCUUGGACGGCCCAACAGCAUGCUCUCAUCAGCCUCGAACUUGCGCACAAUUACUUGACGACGCUCAGUGCCGACGUUUUACCCGCUGCCCCCGACCUGCGCUCCAUCACCCUGCACCACAACAACCUGGCUUCCCUCGAACCCGACACAUUUGCCCACAUGCUUCAGAUACAACGACUGGAUUUGUCGUACAACGCCCUUACCGCCAUCAGCUUGGAGUGGUUUGCCCAUCAACAAGAACUCAAUCAAAUUGACCUUUCCUUCAAUGCCAUCACGUCUCUCCCCAACGUCGGCUUGACCAACACGGCCUUGACCUCAAUGGCCUUGACCGACAACAGUCUGACCAUUCUACCGCCGCUCUUAUUGGCCAAGCUGAACCUAAACGUGCUGGCUCUAGACAACAACCAGCUGACCGUGCUCCCCGACACGUUGACCGCUCUGAGCCUCAAUACCUUCUCAGCCGCCAAUAAUCUCCUGACCACACUACCCAAUGGGUUUUUCAGCAGCAACAACCUGCAAGAACUCUCUCUCAACAACAACCGCAUUGCCAGCCUCGACAACGCCGUGCACUCGGGCUCUGCCACCAUCAACGCGAUCCCCUUGCUUGACGUCUCACACAACCUUUUGACCACAAUCCCACCCGCACUUCUUGGAAGCGCAUCCAACAUUGUCAAACUCAACGACAACCGUCUGACUGAGCUGCACCCGAGCAGCACACCCGACAGCAUGACGUCGCUGGAUGUAAGCGAAAAUGCGCUGACAACCCUUGACGAACGACUUUGGUCUGCGCAGAGUAUGCUACAGUUUGCAAACCUGGGCUUCAACCAGAUCACCCACCUGCCAGCAUUGCCAACGAGCUGCUCGCUCGCUAUGCUUAGUCUCAACGACAACCCCCUGCAAGGCUGGCCCGCUGGCCUUGACAACUGCAGCCUUGUCCAGCUCAACAUUAGCAAUACCCACCUCACGCUCACCCAACGUCAAGCCGCCAUCUUGGCUAACGUGAACAACUUGCAAGCGUUCAAUAUUGACGUGGACAUGAACGUCAUCAGCGCCAUGCCUUUUCUGGACAGUUUGGUGCUGGGUGGAACCUUUCUUUGUCCACGCGGUGGGGUGCUGCACCUUGAAUUGCCACCGACCGUCACGUACCUUGCUCUCACCGAUACCAAAUGCGAGGUGAUUAGCAUCGAUGCGCCAGGCCUUCGUGAUCUUGAUCUCUCUGGCAACUCCGAUAUGUAUGAGGCCACCGUCAAGGGCCCCAACCUGAUCACCACCGUUCAACUACUCCGAUGCAACAGUCUUACUCAGUUGAACAUGCCCGCCAUUGCAGAGCUCUCGCUCUCCGACUUUCCCGCUGGGUUUACCGAUGCGCUUUGCCUCUACCAAGGCUCAUCCAUUCUGCGGCUACAAGCGAUGCAGGCCAACACGAGCACCAUGGAUGCAUUUUCAAAGCUUUUGCUGCGAUGUGGUGAAGUCGUGGGCCAGCUUGAUCUCAGCAAUAAUCCGUGGUUGGACGACGUCGAGAUUUUCCGAGCUGCUUUACAACGCCCAUAUGUGGUGAAUGCCGACACCAACCUUCUGGGGCCGGAUGGCCAAGUACAUCUAACGUUCCAGGCCACUGCCGUCAUGAAUCGUCCCUCAGCGCUCCAGCUCUACUUGGCAGGCCUGCCUGUGCAGUGCUUGACAAGGGGUCAUUUUGCCACGGCUCGGCUCCUCAACGGCAACUCACAACCCGUGGCAAUUCAUCAGUAUGAAUGCUCAUGUGCCCCUGGAUAUGCGCAGUCCGGGACACGAUGCGUGUCCAAGACGCCAUUUCUGGCCACGGCUGCUGGCGUCGUCACCGUAGUGGCCAGCACUCUGGCUGUCACAGCCUGUUUGAUGGCUCUUGUCCUCUAUGGUCGACGAUACAUGAACCUACGCGGCGAGCUCCACGAAGCCUACGACGACCUGGACAUUCAUCAACAACUGCUUGCCGAGAAGGAAGACGAAGUGGUCCGGCUCAAAAAGGCUUGGGAGAUUGAAGCAUCGGAACUUGACUUGGACGGGCGCCUUGAUCUCGAGUCGCCUGGGGCCUCUGGUGAGGUGCAUUCCGGCACUUGGGGCAACGUGCGCGUGGCCGUGAAGGUGCUGCGCGCAUCGUUGGCACAGUUUGACGAGCGCAGCCGCGAAGAAUUCGAGAGUGAAGUGGCAUUCCUGCAAAAGACGCGUCACCCAAACUUGGUGCGCUUCUUUGGCGCUGGCACGCUUUCGAGCGGCUGUCCUUUUUUGGUCCUCGAAUUGGUUGAAUUAGGCUCGUAUCAAAAGUUCUUGCGCAACAGCCUGGGCCCAGACCUUGAUUUUGCGAUCCGGCUAAGAAUCUUGGUGGACGUGUGUCGCGGUGUUGGCUUCCUGCACUCUUUGGGACUCAUCCAUCGCGAUCUCAAGCCUGCCAUCUCUUCAACCGGACUAUACGCCGCGCACCUUCACCGUUUUUUUCUGGUCAUGGAUGAUGUAGGCAACAUUCUUAUCGACCGCAUUCGCGGGGACCUGAUUGCCAAAGUGACCGACUUUGGUACGCUCCGCACGCUCAUGGAUACAAGCAUGCCCAUGGCAGAGCGUCGGGCUGAGCUAAAGAGGCAGCGCCAGGCCGCUCGCGGUGACCACUCCAACACCAGCAGUGGCAUCGAUGCAAUAGACUUGUCACGAAGUGGAGGAGCGCUUUCUCAAGCAAGUGCCGCUCCUUCAGACCCGGCAUCCUCGCGCACGCUGACGGCUGCUGUAGGCACACCUCUGUAUUGCGCGCCAGAGGUCCUUCGUGGUGACGAGUACCAUCUACCUGCUGACAUGUACAGCUUUGGGGUGACCAUGUGGGAGACAGCCACACGUGCGCUGCCUGAUUUGCUUGCACUUACCUACGGCGACCAAACACCCUCCGGUCCCUUCCUUUCUACUCUUUUGCGCACCAUUGAAGAGGGGCAUCAACUCAUCUUGGAUCCCGAGAUGGAUGUGCCAGAUGGCUAUGCCGAUUUAAUGGAACGAUGCCUCCAGCGCGAUCCGGCGUUGCGGCCCACCUGUGAGGAGACCCGUCACACGUUGGAGCGCCUUGUUGCCGCACUUCAUCCCGAAGACGAUGUGGAGGUGUGAUCAUGCCUCGAAGCUUCAGCAAG